AUGUCGGGCACGAAAAUCCCACCAGGCAAAACCUGGUUUGAUACCCACAAAGUGCACUUCGACGACGUCCCUGUCUCCGACGACGACGGCAUUUCCACCCUCGAAUUCCUCGAUGCCUCUGAAGCAACCACUACCCUCUUCGAUCUUCUAGGCUCGGUAGCCUUCACUCCUGUAAAGAAUGACAUGAUGGGCAACGUCACCAAGAUUCGUGACCGUUAUAAAGCCGCCCCUGAGGGUUCGACUACAGUGCAGUUGCUGGUCAAGACAGAGCUGGCCUCAAAAUCCCACAAGGCCACCGAAGGGCUUGUGUGGCUGACUCGUGGAUUGGAUUUCACGGCACAGGCACUGCGGUCUGACCUCACCACCAACGCAUCGGUCAAAGCAGUGGAACCUAAGCCAAACAAGGAGCUUGCGGACGGGUUUCGAGCGAGCUACAAGAAUACACUGGCCCCGCAUCAUGGACUGUUGAUCAAACCCAUCUUCAGCGCUGCCAUGAGUGCAACUCCCUACCGGAAGGACUUUUAUGCACGAUUGGGCGGCGAGGGAACCGAUCCAGAGGUUACAAGAGAAGCGCUGGAGAAGUGGGUGACAGCCUUGGAGAAGAGAGUGAGCAUUUUGAAGGCCUUCUUGGCCACCAAGGAAGCCAAGUGGUAG